UUCCUCAGUAAAAGUAAAACUGAAAAUGUUCAUCUUACUGACACUUGUUCGGAUCUUAAAUGUCGGUGGGAAGUUAACAAUAAACUACACUAUUUCCAGAUUUGUGAAGCUGUACAUAUAACAUUUUGUUAAAAGAAACAAUGGAACAGACACCGCAAAAAAAAGGUGAAACUUUGUACAAUUUGAAGAUUUCUACAAACCCCAAAGAAGAGUGCAGACUUAUACUGUUGGGAGGUGAUGAACUUGCAAAGAGUGAAGCAUGUCGCUUCAUACUUAGGACUGCACAGGUCCAAAUGGCUAAUCUUGGAAGUUGUGAGAUGAAAGAAAACUAUAUUCAACAAAGACAUGUCUGUGUGGUAAAAAGUCCCUUCUUUUGGAUGGAUCGUUUAGAGUCGUCCAAGAUUUUUUCAAGGACACUCAAAGGAAUCAAAAACCAAAUGCAGAACUGUGUAUCGCUGGUGUUCCCCGGGCCUCAUGCUUUUCUUCUGGUCAUAGGUGCAGCCACUGGUAAAGAGCAUUACCUUUUAAAAACCAUUUCUUCUGUGUUUGGGAAAGAGGCCAUAGACUACAGUAUGGUGGUGUUCAUUGCAGGGUCUGACAUAAAUUCUAGACGAUCACAGAAGUCUCUUUUAAUGUGUAAAGAUCGGUAUCACCUCCUAGAGAACACGGAUGACAGCGUUCAAGAACUGUUCCGAAAAGUCGAAGAGAUGCUGAGUAAUAAGAGGAGCAAGUUUUUUAUUCCGUCCGAAUACGAAACAUUUACAGAAGUUAAUUUCGAAUCUUGGGAAAAAAAAAGAAUCAACUUAUUGGAUCACCACAAGGAUAAGGGAGACAGGCUCAGUCAAGAAGUAGAGGAUCUGAAAAUAAGAAAUCUAAAGCUAGAGAAGGAAACUGAAAAUGUAAAGAUGGAACUGGAUGUGGUCACACAAAGAGAGGGCGAACUGAGGAUGAAACUAAAUAAUUCCCAGCAAAGAGAGAGCGAUUUAUUGGCGAAAUUAGAAGCUUCUUUGCAAACAGUGAGCAAACUAAGGAUGGAUCUGGAUGCUUCACGACAAAGAGAGCGUGAACAAAUGAUAGAGUCCCAACAGAGAGAGAGUGAGUUAUGGAAGGAGUUAAAUGCUUCCCAAAGAAGAGAAAGUGAAUUAUGGAAGGAGGUAAAUGCUUCCGGCAAACAGAGAGUGAACUGAGGAAAGAGGUUAAAAUUAGAGAAGUCGAGAGCACACAGCAAGAGCAACAAACCACUGAAACACAACUGGAACGCAGGGGCAGCAAAGAACAAGUACAUACAAACUUUUCCUCUGGAAAAAAUGAAUAUUUGGAGUGAGAAUAAAUGGAUACAUAGGAGAAGGAGAAGGUGAGUAUAUGAUAUGAUUAGAUAUGCGAAAUGGAUUAAAAUAAAACAUAAUUAUUGCUCAAGUUAACUUGGUUUACUUUCUGAUAAAUAACCAACUGACCACAUUUUUAGAUCUUUCCUGAACACCAGGUGGAAGUCAAUGUCAAUUUUCAUCUAUCAUAUGAGGUGGUAUCAAAAAGUUUCGAGACUCGUUUUUUUUUACAAGAAAAUACUUUAUUUAUUUAUGUUUGCACACUAUUACCUUAUGUGUCCUGGAGGUCUUCUUUUUCAAAGCGUCAAGCACUUUCUUCACCUUUGAGAUGGAUCUUCAUCUUCAGUUAGAGGGUGAAGUCCCAUAUCUGGCGAGUUGGGUGGGUGCAGAAGUGAGAUCAUAUGGAUUGUUCACCGACGAUCAUCAUGCACAAGUUGCUGAAUGUUUUCGCCAUUUUUGGGGGUUGAACUCGUCGAAGGUCUUCCUGAUCUGUCGUCGUCUUCCGGUGAUGUUCUUCCGCUCUUGAAGCACACGUCACUCAUAAACACCUCGAACGACUCGUUACAUCAUCGUCGUAUGUCAAACGUGUUUCAUGUCAAAUGUCUCUGUGGCAGAUUUUCCCAGUUUUAUGCAGUUCUUUGUUCAAACUCGCUGUCCAUGAUGAAAUCACGUAUGGUAAUGCAGGAAAUGGUAACGCAGAAUAGCACCAUAAGUCUAGAAACGUUUUGAUACCACCUCAUAAAAGAUCACACUGUUAUAUAUGGAUCUGAUAAAUUUAGGUCAUGGAUUGAUGAUACCUACUGAAUAUUAAUGUCAUUUUGAUUGGCUAGUAAGUAGACAGAGGUCAUAGAAUUUCUAAAGCUUGCAAGACCGUCUAGCCGUUAAACCUCUCUCACAGUACAACAUACAAUAAGACCAUGACAAAGAAACUGCCACGAUCGCUAAAAUAAAGAUGUGUACCAGGCAAUAAUGUUAAGCUAAAUGUUUAGUGUAUUCACUAAAAUAACACAAUUUGCUUAUUUACAAGGAUGAAAUGAUUUUUUUCUUUGUGAUUGUUUAGAAAUCCCUGGACAUGAGCUCCUGAAACACUACAGAUAAAAUCACACGAGAACACAAAUGAAAGCAAAGAGAAGAAGAACACAAAUACAGGAUACAAGACGAGAUGUGUUUAAUUAUAGCUGUGAAUGUAAUGACAUGAAAAUAGAUGGUAUCCAUCAAUGAAAAUUCUACAUUAAUGCCUCUGCGUUUUAUUUGGGGUUCUGCAUACUACUGCAUUAAAACAGUUUUUCUUGUUUUUCUCUGGAAUCCUUUUUUAUAUAAAAGUGUGUGAAACUAAUAAUUUCUUCUAAAUUAAACCACUAAUCACUGAUAUACUGACAUCAGUCAUCAGGAGUUUUAUUGGGUCAUGAUUUUUCUUUCAGAGACAGAAUUUGAGCUUGUAGGUGAACUCAAAAGCAAAGAUGAUUCUCUUGUUCUCGUGUUUCCUGCCAUUAAUUAAUUAAUUAAUUAAUACAUUUUCUAAUUAUUAAUAUUAAAAUAAGCAUUUUAUUGAAGCAGACCUUCAGAUUUGUAUUCAUUUUGUUCAGAUUGUGUUUGUUAAUUUAUAAAUAGUUUUAAAAAAAGACAUAAAUAACUGCUGUCCUGCUCGAUGCUGCACUGUCACAGUGUCCUAGUGAGUUUUGUUUUUGCACCAUGUUGUGUUAAUGUAUGUUGUUUCAUGUAGCACACUGGCUCUGAAGAAAUGCUGUUUUAUUUCACUCUGUAUUGUAUAUGACUGAAAGGAAAAUAAAAGCCGCUUGACUUGAGUACAUUUAAAUAAAGUGUAAAUCGUAAGUAGACACAUACGUCUCAGAAAACAUGCAGUGGUUUCAUUUCGUGGUUAAAAGUUUGCAAGUUAGACAUUUUAUUAUAUGAAACCAAACAAUAGGUCUUUAUUACUUCCUGUUCUGGAAAU